AUGACUACCCUCAAGCAAAUCCUCAUUGCUAUGGCUGUCGCCGCGGUCAGUGUCCGCGCUAUUCCGCUGUCCGCUGAUUCCACCGCAACGACUAUCAUCGGUGCUCCGGUGUCUGCUGUGACCGAGGCCUCAAAGCCACUUGAAGGAAAGGAACUCGAGGACUUCAUGGCCAGUGGGCCAUACACCCCCGAGGGCGCCAUCGACAUCACCAACACGACAUUGGGCUUCGAGUUGGUCAAAUUUAUCGAUGCUCAUCCCGAUGCCAACGCCUUGGCUAAGAGGGGCGGCCCCUGCAGCCAGGGCGAUUGCCCCGAUUUCAAUGCUCCCUUCGACUUUUACUCGCAGCGCUAUGUGAAUGCCGUAAAUGGCGCCCCCCUAGUAACCUGGGCGUACUGGGGCCGCUGGAAUGACUGUGGCCAGUGCGGAAGAAUCCAGAUCAGCUCAGAUGGAUGCUUCGACUUCACUUCGUGCGGCCGCAGCCAGAGCAUCUGCGUCGACAGCGGCAAGGCUAGGGCCCACCGUAUCUGGCAUGAUGUCAACCACAAAACAUGCUACACGGCCACCCGGGCAGAUCUCGGUAACUGUGGCGUCGUCCUGACAAACGCCGUAAUCUGGUACCCGAAUGGAGAGACCGCGUGCAAUUGGUAGUCAAGCAAUAUUUAUACUGCAGCGACGGGGGACUUUUCCUAGUACGGAACGGUCGUUACUCGAGGAGGGGGUGGGUGAUGCAGUCGCGGGAGCGACAACAACGGCUGGGGCUUUUUUAACUGUUGUUUAAAUGGUUGCGUCGUUCAACUGUGAGGGGUGUUGGCUCGAAGGGCCCCACUGCGUUGAUGAGAAGUUGCUGCUGGAAACUUAGAUCGCUCUUCAUAGGCUAUGAAGCAACCACCAAGAGUACAAAAGGCCAACC